AUGGCUCAAUAUUCCAUGUACAAAUCACACCAAGGUGGAAACGUUCUUGCAUACAAUGGUCAUGAAUACCUUUACAAAAGGUCUAACCAAGAUGGCUCUAUUGUUUGGAGAUGUCGAAAAUAUUUUUCAUUAAAAUGCCAUGUUACGUUAACUACCAAAGGUCAACAAAUUGUAAAACAACCUAACGAUCAUGAACAUCCUGGUGAUCCUUUGAAUACUCAAAAGAAUAAAUGUUCAUUUGCAGAUUACAGAAAAACGGGAAUAGCACUUUGCACAAGGAAGAAGUUUAAAAACGGUAACCACGGGAAGAUGAAAGAGAAAUAUGAUGACGAGGAAAAUGAUCAAUUAAAGAUUUGA